CUUACUUACUCUCGUUUGAUUUCUCUCUCUCACAUUGUUCAUCCUUAGCCAUGGUUUCUGCUGAUUUGGCUCGCAAUGUAAUCGGUGUCAUUGGGAACAUCAUUUCGAUCAUUUUAUUCUUGUCGACGGUGCCAACGUUUUAUAAAAUAUGGAAAAAGAAGUCGGUUGAACAAUUUUCUCCUGUGCCAUAUUUGGUCACCUUUGUGAAUUGUGGGCUGUGGAUCUUCUAUGGGCUGCCUUUGGUGCACCCUCAUAGUUUGUUGGUUACAACCACAAAUGGGGCAGGGAUCAUUAUUGAAUCUGUUUACUUGUUGCUCUUUAUCAUCUACUGCGAUCGUAAAAAGAGAGUCAGGGUGUUGCUGGUGUUAGUUGCUGAGAUUAUAUUCCUUGCGGUUUUGGUUGUAUGUGUACUAACAUUAGCACACACCACAAAGGUUCGCUCUGCCAUUGUUGGUGGCCUUUGUAUGGCGGGUAACAUUAUGAUGUAUGCGGCUCCUUUAUCUAUCAUGAAAAUGGUGAUCACAACAAAAAGUGUCGAGUACAUGCCGUUCCUACUAUCAUUAUUCUGCUUUGCUAAUGGCGUUUGCUGGUUCACUUAUGCCCUCAUUCGUUUUGAUAUAUUUGUCAUUAUACCAAAUGGGGUUGGGGCACUCUUUAGUCUGGUUCAACUGAUAUUAUAUGCAUGUUACUACAAAUCAACAAAAGAGAUAAUAGCAAAAAGACAAGCCAAAAGUGAAGUGAGCCUUGGAAAAAUGGCUACACCCGGAGAGCAAGUUUAAAAAGCAUGCCUUUAUUAUGUUGAAGUUACUACCAUUAAUUAGAAGCGUCAUUAGAACUGAUCGAGAUGGUAGAUGAGAAGACUUCUUUUUUUCUUUAAUGCAUUUUAAUUAGUAGUUUAUUAGUUAAU